UGAGAUCUGGAAAUUCUUCUUUGAAGGUGUCUUCAUCAUAUAUUUUUUGCCUUCUAUUGGCUGCAAUUCUAGAAGCCAUAGCACUUGUGAUUGGUUUAAAUCUUGCUGACAAUGAAGUUGGAUCUGAAAAAUUCACAUUUGUAUCAUCUACAGCUUUAAGUUUGGCAUGGGUUGAAAAGAUAGGUCCAAAAAAGGAGCUAAAUGUAUCCUGUGUAACUAGAAGACAAUUUUCAG